AGCCCAAACUAAGGUGUGUUGCCAAGUGAUAUACAGCUUCGACACACUGACAUAGUAUAAAACCUGCACACUCGAACACAAGACCAGAGCUACACACAGAUAGAUACACAUACAUACUAAUCGGAGACGCCAUGGCCGGAAAAGAUAAUGCAACUCCGACGACCUAUUCACCGUCGCCCAAAAUUCAGAAACAGAAGAGAGCUCCUGUUUUCUCUGACGUUGAUUGGGUCCGCCCUGACGGCCGUGCCUUCCAUCAGUGCCGCCCUGCUUUUUUAAGGACUGGUGCAGUGAAUUCAGCAUCAGGAUCUGCUUAUGCAGAGUUUGGAAAUACCAAAGUCAUUGUAUCUGUGUUUGGACCUAGGGAAAGUAAGAAAGCUAUGAAGUAUAGUGACACAGGGCGGCUAAAUUGUAAUGUCAGUUAUACAACUUUUGCUACCCCUACACGCGGGCAGGGGUCAGAUGGUAAAGAGAUUUCAGCCAAGCUACAUAAAGCUCUGGAGGGUGCCAUAAUUUUGGAUACUUUCCCAAAGACGACUGUUGAUGUUUUUGCAUUGGUCUUGGAAUCUGGUGGCAGUGAUCUUCCUGUUGUGAUAUCAUGUGCUAGUCUUGCCUUAGCAGAUGCCGGGAUUAUGUUGUAUGACUUGAUUAGUGCAGUUUCUGUGUCUUGCCUUGGGAAGAGCCUUGUAAUUGAUCCUGUUUUGGAGGAAGAAAGCUAUCAGGAAGCAGGCCUAAUGAUCACUUGCAUGGCAUCCCGUAGUGAGAUCACUCAGCUUGCCAUCUCAGGGGAAUGGUCAACCCCGAAAGUUCAUGAGGCUAUGGAACUCUGCCUUAAUGCUUGCUCUAAGCUUGGAGAGAUAAUGAGAGCAUGCCUGAAAGAAUCUUCUUCUGCUUCAAAGGAGUAGGGUGAAAGUGAUUUUCUUUUUCCAGACUUUUGGUACAGAUCAUAGAGUUUUACGUUAGAAUUUUCUUUUUGGUUCGUAUAAAAUAUAUGGAUUGUCCUAGAGUUUGGAUUUGCGAGUUCAGUUAAAUGUUAUUAUAUGUAUUCUGUUUUGCAGGCUUUUUUCUGUUUA